GGUUUGGUUCGGGGUCGGAGUGAGGUUCGGGUAUGGAUGGAGUUGAGAGCAAGAAGAUAGGCAGAUUCCGCAGCACCAACCAAAGCAGAGAUCCAUUUUUCUCCAUAGCCCUACCUUUUCCUCUUCUCCAUAUUCUCUCUGUCACUUUCCCGAGAAAAUUCCACAAACACGAAAGCGAUCCAAGAGGGAAAACACAAAAUCAAAUACCAAAAAGCAUCUUCCUAUCUUCAAUUCGCCAACAGCCGCGCACUCCAGCCGCCCCUAGAUGUGAUCGAUCACACAAAUCUCCGCCGCAAUCGCAACAAUCAUGGUAAAAAUCGGAGAAAUCGAUCAGAAAGAGGAAGAACAAGAAGAAGAAGAAGAUGAAAUUGAAUGGCCGCCAUGGCUGGAACCUCUGCUGAGCACGAGCUUCUUCGUUCAAUGCAAGCAGCACGCGGAUUCGCACAAAAGUGAAUGCAAUAUGUAUUGCUUGGAUUGCAUGAACGGAGCUCUCUGUUCGCUCUGUCUUGAUUCUCAUCCAGAUCACAGAGCCAUUCAGAUAAGGAGAUCGUCGUACCAUGAUGUAAUAAGAGUAUGCGAGAUACAGAAAUAUGUGGACAUAACAGGAGUCCAAACUUACAUCAUAAAUAGUGCGAGGAUCGUGUUCUUGAACGAGCGCCCUCAGACACGUCCUUCGAAAGCUCUCACCAACAUCUGCCUUGUUUGCCACCGUUCCCUUCUUCAUUCCUUCCAUUUCUGCUCUCUUGGCUGCAAGCUAAUUGGGACGUCGAGAAAUUUUGAGAAAAAGGAGAAAGUGAUGGAAAACGAAAGCUCGGACACCGCCACGAGCAACAGAAGAAGGCUUAGAAGCAAAAUCCAAAGCUUCUCGCCGGCGACGCCACCACCCACGGCGGCGGCGACCCACAAAGCUGGCAAGAGAAGGAAGGGAACGCCACAUCGAUCCCCAAUGGGAGGACUUCUCUUAGAAUUUUAAAUAUUUAUUAUAAUUAAGAAAAGACGAAAAUACCCUUACAACCACCACCGACGCAUAAGCCCAAAUUAUUACUAUUUUUUGCAGCAUCUGAGCCUUUGGCCAACGGUUAACGGAGGCCGUUGCUGUAAAAGUCACAUCUCUGUUAUAUAUAGUGCAUAAGAAAUGUAUUUUCUUGUAA